AUGGGGAGACACAACCAGACGGUGACAUCACUCUCCAAUCCAGCCCACCAGUGUGCUUUCCAGGCGGCCGUGGCGAACAACAAUGUCGCCCUGCUGGCCUACAGCAUCUCGAAAAGCCUGGAGGACACAGACUUGCCUGAGGAGAUGAGGAGCUCGCUCUGCAAGGCAUUUGACAUCAUCCUCAACCAGUGCGCCUCCUCUGCGGUCUGCCUGUCUUGCAUUGCUGGCUGGAUGACAAUGAUUCAGAGGUCCACCUGGCUCCGAUACUCCCCCUCCUUGCUGGAGAAACUGCAGAAUAACCUACUGGAGGGCCACAUCACGACAGACGCGCUGUUCGGGGCCAAUUUCAAGACCAUGCUUGAAAAGUCGAAGAAGUCAGAGGAAGUGUCGGAGACUACUCAGCCCUUCCUUCUCACAAUGACCUCACCUCCAUCACAACCUCCCACCACCCUUCUAGACUCCCUGUCCAUCUCCUCCCUCCUGUCAGGGGACCUGGACGAUGAAGGAGGAGAGGAGGAGAAAGGACUGGGAGACCUGGAGGUGAACCCAUAUGACGGCCUGCCCUUCUCCUCCCGGUACUACGCCCUCCUGGAGGAGCGGCAGCAGCUUCCUGUGUGGAGCCUCCGGCAGAACCUGCUGGAACAUCUGGAGAGCCACAGCAUGGUUCUGAUCAGCGCACCCAGCGGGUCGGGCAAAAGUACCCAGGUUCCUCAGUGGUGCACAGAGUUCGCCCUGUCCUUUGAGUUCUCCCAUGGUCUGGUCUGCUGCUCUCAGCCGUACUCUGCAGCGGCGGUGAGUCUGGCUCUCCGAGUGGCCGAUGAGAUGGACCUGAGUCUGGGCCUGGAGGUGGGCUACAGGGUGUCUCAUGAUGACAGCUGCACACCUGACACCUUACUCAGGUUCGUCAGCGACUCCCUCCUGCUGCAGGAAAUGAUGUCAGGACCCCUGCUGCGUCAGUAUGGCGUGGUGAUCUUGGACGAGCUUCAGGAGCGCACUGUCUCCACCGACGUCCUACUGGGCCUGCUUUGCGACGUCUGCAGCCAGAGGCCCAACGACUUCCGGGUCGUGCUCCUUGCUCACCCUACGCUCGCCCCCUGCAUCGCUGCCUUCCUCGGACCCUCUGUCCCUCACCUCAGCUUAGACAGCCUCACCGAGCCCCCGGACCGGGUCGACGGAGCAGAGGGCAGGAAGUCCUCAAGUGUGGUGGAGAUCAUGUACCGGGAGCUGUCGGGGAAGGCACUGCUGGCUGCUUCCUGUCACAUGGUUCUGGAUGUGCACCGGAGAGGAGAGGAAGGAGACGUGAUGGUGUUCCUGUCUGGAGCUCAGGAGAUAGACGAGUGUUUGACUCUGCUGGAGAACGAGUCUGUGGCUCUGAAUCCUCAGCUUGGACCUCUCAGGCUCCUCCCACUCCACAACGGACUGGGCAGUCUGACCCAGAGAGUAUACGAGUCCGACCCACACACCUGGACGCCAAAGGAGACUGACGGUUCUGAGGGUCCGGGCAUUAAACGGAGGGUGAUCCUCACCGAUUCUCUGGCCGAGGGUUCGUUCUGCCUGAGAGGAGUUCGUUAUGUCAUCGACACCGGCCUUCAGCUCAAAGCUGUUUACAAUCCACAGAUCAGAGCGAACUCCCAGGUCCUGAGGAGGAUCAGUAAACACCAGGCUGACAUGAGGACCCAGAGGGUCAACAGUCACCUGCCAGGGUUGUGUCUCCGUCUGUACCCUCAGUCCCUGUACGAGGAUGGGAUGGAGGAGGCCCACUGUCCCGGAGUGACCGAGGAGAACCUCAGCCACCUGGUUCUGCUGCUGAAGAGACUUGAUAUUGCUGACAUGGGACAGUGCAAGUUUUUGGACAGACCAGCUCCUGAGGCUCUGAUGCAGGCCUUGGAGGACCUGGACUACCUCGCGGCAUUGGAUGAUGAUGGAAACCUGUCGGAGGUGGGAAUCAUAAUGUCGGAGCUGCCGCUUGAGCCGCCGCUAGCUAAAUCUCUGAUAGCUUCCUGCGAGUACGACUGCGUAGAUGAGCUGCUGACAAUAGCCGCCAUGCUAACAGCUCCUUCCUGCUUUAUGGCUGCUGAAUCCAACUCGGAGGAAGCUGCCAUUGCUGUGUGGCAAUCUCUGAUGCACACAGAGGGGGAUCACAUGACCCUCAUCAACAUUUAUAAUGCCUUCAUGGAGCAUAAUCAGGACGAGGCGUGGUGCACCGCCAAUUUCUUCAGUCACGCCGCCUUACGGCUGGCGGCCGUAAUCAGGGUGGAGCUUCUGGAGGUGAUGCAGAGGAUAGAACUUCCUGUUUCCCCCCCAGCCUUUGGAUGCCAGGACAACUGCACUAACAUCAAACGUGCGCUCAUUUCAGGCUUCUUCCUCAAAGUGGCUCAUGAUGUCGACGGCGCUGGCAACUACCUCCUCAUAACUCACCGUCAUGUGGCCCACCUCCACCCUUUCUCCGCCUACCUGUGUCUCCAGCCGAGGCUGAGCUCCCCCAGUUGGGUCCUUUACCAUGAGUUCACAGUCUCCAGCGAUAACUGCAUCUGUAUCGCCUCUGAGGUCCAUCCCCAGAUGCUGGUGGAGCUGGCGCCACAGUACUUCCUGGGAAACCUGCCAGCGAGCGACGGGAAGGAGCUGCUGAUGGAGCUCAGGCAGAGUCUGGUGCCUCCGCCAGGUGAGCUGGACUCAGACUCACAGGAACACAACAGGACUCAGAAAGACUCGGACAGGAUGGCGGAGACUCAGAACCAGUCCAACAUUGAACUCUGUGUCGUCCAAUGA